UCUUCAGUCACAAAAGAGAAGGGGGAAAAAAAUAUAUAUAUAUAUCCUAAUACAAUUCUCUGUUUCUCCCCUGCAUUGAAGCAGAGUAACUCUGUUUUCUUGAACCAAACAACGCCCUCCAAAUCCACUUUUUAUCUUCAUGGCUCGUCUUAUUUCACUACUCUUAUUCUUUCUCAUGAUUUUUUCAACAAGUGCACAGGGUCCUCCACCAUCUCCCGGGUACAACCCGAGCUCGGAAGUAAACUCCAUUGGCUUUGAUCAGGGCUUUAGGAACCUCUGGGGUUCUAAGCAUCAAAGUGUUGACCAAGGCCAAUUGACCAUCUGGCUUGAUAAUAGCUCAGGAAGCGGGUUCAAGUCACAGAAACCGUAUCGUUCCGGAUACUUUGGUACUGCUGUAAAACUUCAACCCGGUUACACUGCAGGAGUUAUCACUUCUUUCUAUCUUUCUAACAACGAAGACCAUCCUGGGAACCACGAUGAGAUUGAUAUUGAGUUUCUAGGGACAACCCCAGACAAGCCAUAUACUUUGCAGACCAACGUUUAUGUCAGAGGAAGUGGAAGUGUAAACAUCAUCGGGAGAGAGAUGAGGUUUCAUCUCUGGUUUGAUCCGACCCAAGAUUUCCAUAACUAUGCCAUAAUAUGGAAUCCCACUGAAAUCAUAUUCUUCGUAGAUGAUGUGCCUGUAAGAAGGUAUCUAAGAAAGAGCGAUGCCACAUUCCCUAUGCGACCAAUGUGGGUCUACGGGUCGAUAUGGGAUGCAUCAUCAUGGGCCACGGAGGAUGGAAAAUACAAGGCUGAUUACAAAUUCCAACCCUUCAUCGGUAGAUAUAAAAAUUUCAAGCUGGCCGGGUGCACGUCGGAUGAGCCCGCCUCCUGUCACCCACCCUCAGCCUCACCGUCCCAAUCCACCGGCCUGAGCCCACAACAGGAGUCGGCCAUGGAUUGGGUUCAGAGGAACUACUUGGUCUAUGACUACUGCCAUGACCCCAAGAGAGACCACACACACACACCAGAGUGCUAGGGUAUUGGUUUGGUCAUGUGGUCUAAAGUCUGUCUUGUUUAUUUUUGUAAUUUGUAAUUUCUUUUUCGAGGGUUAAAAGAAAAAAAAAAGUUCAAGUGUGGAACAAUUGGAUUUGGAAGGUGGGCCUUGUGAUGGGUCCCGCUUGGUAAAAAUUGUUGCAAGGUCAGUUGAGCGUCCGAGGCCCCCCCAUAUCUGAUUUUCAAGUCAUCAACUUCGGCUUUAUGUAUUUGUCGUUGUGACCUUGUUUUUGUUUGUUAUUGUUGAAAAUACCAUACCCAAUAUAUUUUGUGAUGCCCAAAAGAAAGAAAGAUAAUAAA